AUGAAAGAAUUUGUCCAUAUCUCUGCCAAAGAUGGCACCGUGGUGUUUUCUCUGGGGCCAGUUGUGCAAAAUCUUACGGAAGGGAAGGCUGAUCUCAUCGUUUCAGACUUGGCCCAGAUUCCACAGAAGAAGAAGAAACAACCAGUCCAUAUCCGUGAUGAAUCUGUAAACAGAGCUUCCAUUCUUUUUGAUCCCAACAACUCAUCCGCUCUUAAAAUUGAAGUCUUUCCUACAUCUUUAACUAAAACUGAGUUCGAGAAUAUCGCCAUGCAAGAGGUUAAGAGAUGGUUAGAACUUCCAAAAGAUACAUUUUGGUUAUAUUUUUCACAAAUGCAAGAAAUCAUGUGGAGGUUUGGUGACAUAACUAGAAAUUUCUGUAAAGAUGUGGUUUCAAAUAAGAAAUUAAUGAAGAAAUUACAAGAGUCAAGAUUUGACGUCGUUUUUGGAGAUGCUAUUUUUCCCUGUAGUGAGCUGCUGGCUGAGCUAUUUAACAUACCCCUUGUGUACAGUCUCCGCUACACUCCUGGCUACGUUUUUGAAAAGCAUUGUGGAGGAUUUCUUUUCCCUCCCUCUUACGUACCUGUUGUUAUGUCAGAAUUAAGUGAUCAAAUGACUUUCAUGGAGAGGGUAAAAAAUAUGAUCUAUAUGCUUUCUUUUGACUUUUAUUUCCAAAUGUAUGACAUGAAGAAGUGGGAUCAGUUUUAUAGUGAAGUUCUAGGAAGACCCACUACAUUAUCUGAGACAAUGGGGAAAGCUGACAUAUGGCUUAUUCGAAACUCCUGGAAUUUUCAGUUUCCACAUCCACUCUUACCAAAUGUUGAUUUUGUUGGAGGACUCCACUGCAAACCUGCCAAACCCCUACCUAAGGAAAUGGAAGAGUUUGUACAGAGCUCUGGAGAAAAUGGUGUUGUGGUGUUUUCUCUGGGGUCAAUGGUCACUAACAUGAAAGAAGAAAGGGCCAACGUAAUUGCAUCAGCCCUUGCCCAGAUCCCACAAAAG